AUGAUUCCCCGCAUUUUUCCAACGGCAAAUUGCUUCUUGACACGCCAUCUCAACGAUCAUGCCAUGUCGUCCCCCGGGUAUGGAGAUGAGGGCUCACAGACACGGCUUCGCUUGGCUGCUGCACCGGCCUGCGAAGCCUGUCGUAGGAUGAAGAUGAAAUGCACCCGAGCAGCAGAAGGACGCGAGAAUCCCUUACCUGAUCCUCUCUCCGAGCCAUGUGACCGAUGCAAACGAACUAAUCGCCCAUGUAAAACCCCCGAGUCGCGACCGCUAGGUAGGAGGCGAGGAGCUUUGGGCCGGUAUCGCGGGCUCGAAAAGGCGUACAGGAAGCUACAGGCGGAGGCGAAAAAGGCGAAUAUUCCCCAUGACCUUGAUGAGAGAUUUGAUACCGUUCCUUUACGCACGGCCGAGGAGGAGCUUGGAUUUGAAUCUUUCCUGGUUGAUGAGCCGUCCGAUCAUUCUCAAAUUACUACUGCAGCGACAACGACAAACGUCCCAGCGGUCCCCGGAACGCCUUUUCUGGGACCUGAAGUGAAUAGGCCCGAGACGACAAUCCACAAUGAACACCAUGAAAACGUGGAAGACAAUGAUAAUCCGACACACGAACCAAUGAGCAAUCCGCUUGCCCUACUGGCUUACGCGUCCGAUGCCGCCCAAGCAGCCGAGGCAAGGUCAACUUCAGUCAAUACAUUACCCAGUCCUUCAUCCAGGAGACAACCUGGUCCCGGGCAUGGAGAGAGCGAGGGACACCGUUUACUCCACCGACCCGGAUAUGUUUCGCUGGGCCUGCGGUUGGAUCGAACGAGUCUCGUGCAGGGCUUGGAUGGCUUGCUCGCCUGUCUUGACGCAGGUCACCAGUCUCUCGACUACUUCAAACGAACAAGUGUACGUCAGCACGAUGUUGGACCAGACUUGGAUCCGGUCGAGCUAGGGCUUGUCACGAUGGAUGAAGCGAAUUAUUUGUUCCCAAUUUAUUUCAAGCGGCUGCAUCCAAUUAACGGAAUACUCGACCCAAUGCUCCACACCCCAGCAUUUGUACGCGCUCGGUCUUCGUUAUUGUUUACUUGGAUCCUUACUCUGACUGCUCUGUUCGAUAAUCCUUGUGCUCCAAUUGCAGAACGCCUUCGGUUACAUGGCGAAAAGCUAUCAAGAUACGUACAUACUUGCGGGCUCAAGUCUGUCGAAAUAGUUCAAGGCUACUACAUCUCGCUGUUGUCUGCUACUCCGGCAAAGACCCUAGCUGAGGAGCGCUCGUGGCUAUACACAAUGUAUGCAAUUGGUGUCGCGACAGAUUUAGGCAUGGAUCAAGAAGCUGAACAGCCUGGUCAAUCUGGAUUGUCGGAGACGCAGGAUGACGAGGACCUUCAAUCACCAUCCUCAGGACCAGAAUUAAGGGGGAAACCCCGGCAAUCUUUAACGGGACCUUUACCAGAACGUGCAAUUUACGAACAGCGACUCCUUCGAAAUCGUGAAAGAACGUGGCUGAGAAUCCUCUUAUGGGAUCGAGCGAACAGCGCUGCAUGCGGUCGCAUCCGAAGCUUCCCAGAGACAAAUUUAACCCGAGCUGUUGAAACGUGGUGGCUCCAUCCACUGGCGGAUAUGACAGACAAAUAUACCAGUGCAUUUAUCUGUCUACGGAGGGCACUUGCAUCGCUGCAGGCGGAUCUAAAACAUAGAUCGCAGGAUCCUCAUUCCGAUCCGCAUUGGCGGCGAGAACUAGUCGACGCUUCUCUCUACCCCUGGUGCAAUGAAUGGCUGUCAAACCGGGACGAUGUCUCAAUGAUCUUCCUACGCUACGUUUACGAGCAUGGACGCCUUUGGACAUUAUCAGUAGCAUUGAGUGACGUGACCUCACGCGCGCAGGACCUCGACGCCAUCCGACAAGAUUGCUUCGAAAUCGCAAUUAAUUGCUGUGAAACAGCUGUACGAGACUUGGAUAGGAUUGGAGAGCCAUUAUAUUGCAUGUUAGCGCCUACGUGGGCGAUGAUAUCCUACGCGGCGGUUCUAACGCUAAAAAUAUUUCCCGCAUUGUAUGGCCCCCGGACAGGCAGUGACUUGGAGCUACUUGCCCUAUUGAGUCAAGUAGCACUACAGCUCCAGCGUGCUGGUACCACGCCGCCUCAUCGUUUCGGUAUCGCGGCUUUGUUGGGACAACAUCUUAUGAUGAUUCUUCGGGCCAGAGCUGUUGGUCUUGGUGAGCCGGUCUCAUCAGAGAUCCAGAACCAUGGAAUUCGUCAUGGUAUGUCUGAAUGGCAACCUACACAACCGCAAAUGGAACAUAGAAGCCCCUUGGUCUCGGAUUGGGACCCAUUUCUGACGCCGGCUAUAUCUGACCAGAAUGAUUUCGGACCCGAUGGGUUCAAUGAUUUUUUCCGCGAGAUAUUUGGGCCUGGGUUUGGGGAUCUGGUUUAG